AUGGAGCCGAUACACAUAGCGCUCGCGUUUGUAGUAGUGUUAUAUUCACUAUACUAUUACUUCACAAGAACCUUUAAUUACUGGAAGGACAGGGGCGUUGUUGGACCAAAACCAAUUCCUUUAUUCGGUAAUAUAAAACAAGUUGCUCGCCGUAUUGAAAAUGUCGGGGAAACCGUAGCUAAAAUACAUCAUCAGUUUCCUAAUGAAAAAGUUGUCGGAAUAUUCAGAAUGACAACUCCUACUCUUUUAAUAAGAGAUCUGGAUCUCAUAAAACAAGUGAUGAUUAAAGAUUUCGACGAAUUCUCCGAUCGUGGAAUAGAAUUCAGUAAAGAAGGACUUGGUGCAAAUCUAUUCCAUGCCAACACUGAAACUUGGAGAGUCCUACGCAAUCGUUUCACGCCAUUAUUUACUUCUGGUAAACUAAAAAAUAUGUUGCAUUUGAUGGUUGAAAGAGGAGAUCAGUUUAUUAAAUAUGUGCAAGAUAAUAUAGGUAGCCGAAAAGAAUAUAAGAUUCACACCUUGGUCCAGAAGUACACACUAUCUACAAUAGCAGCCUGCGCAUUUGGUAUUGAUAUUGAAGACCUUACAGAUAAUAACCCAAUAAUUAAAACAUUACAUAGAAUAGAUCGUGAUAUAUUUACUCCAAACAUUGCCUUCGAAAUAGACGCAAUGUAUCCGGGUUUGUUCAAAACAUUAAAUUUGUCAGUAUUUCCUACAUAUGUUACAGAAUUUUUUACCAAAUUAACGAGAUCUGUGAUAGACGAGAGACAGGGUAAGCCCACAAACAGAAGAGACUUCAUGGAUUUAAUUCUAGAAUUGAGGGAACAGAAAGAGCUUCAUUCUACAAAGAGAAGCGACAGCGAUAAACUGAUGCAACUAGAGAUGUCUGAGGGUGUCAUUACCGCGCAGUCCUUUGUAUUUUUCGCAGCAGGAUAUGAAACAAGUGCAACCACAAUGAGUUUUCUACUAUACCUGUUAGCCAAGAAUCCACAUAUUCAAGAUAAAUUAAUUCACGAAAUAGAUACAGUACUACAGAAACAUAAUGGUGAACUGACCUACGAUACAAUCAAAGAUAUGACAUAUUUGAGUAAAGUGUUUGAUGAGACACUGCGACUAUUUCCUCUAGUGGAACCAUUGCAGAGAAGUGCAAAGGCCGAUUACAAAAUCCCUGAUACAGAUAUUGUUGUGAAAAAAAAUCAAAUUGUGUUGGUUUCCGCUCGUGCUAUACAUCAUGAUCCUAAAUAUUAUCCAAAUCCAGAAGUGUUUGAUCCGGAAAGAUUCACUCCCGAAGCUGCUGCUGCAAGACAUCCGUGUGCUUACUUGCCAUUUGGAGUUGGUCCAAGGAACUGCAUAGGCAUGCGAUUCGCUAGAGUACAAUCUCAGAUAUGCAUCAUCAAGCUACUAUCAAAAUUCCGUGUGGAGAAAUCAAAGAACACAAUGGAAGAAAUGAAAUUCGAUCCACUGAGAAUAGUCAUGACGGCAGUCGAUGGAAUUUUACUGGACAUAGUCCCGAGGAAGUAG